AAUUCUCACUAAGCUCGCAUAGCUGGCAGCAGCAGGUAGUCACCCAUCAGGGCCAGCUCUGAAUCAGGAUUAAUUCAGUUACUAAAGCCAUACAGUCACUGGAUCAUCCUGAAACGCACCUCACCUUCUUCAUCCAAUGUGCUCAUCGAGCAUGCUGCCUCUCACGAUGUUGGGCUUCCUCAUGCUCAUGCUGUCUCUGUGUGAUGCAGACAGUAUUUGCCCCAGUGACCUUAACACUCUGACACUGGAGCCGGACAAGCUUCUAAUCGAUUUUGGAGCGAAGAAUGUUUCGGAGUUGGUAAACUGCACCAGCACAGAUGAGGAUCAUGAUGGGAUGUACUGGAGUUUUGGAAAUUCAAACUCUUCAGUGGAAUAUGGCGAAAGUUUUAUUGCCUGGUCACUGUCCCUGUCAGACUUGAAUGAAACAGCGCAGUGCAAAAUAAAGCAGAGUGACGGUCAUGAAUGCAGCAUAGAACUUGACAUUACUCUAUACAAGUAUCCGGAAAUGGUGUAUGUGUUUCCUUUAAAUUAUGCAACUGCAACGGAAGGGACUUUGUACCAGCUGCAGUGUGAUAUCAUCAGUGUUGCACCUGUUCAAAACCUCACUGUGAGGUGGUACAAAAACAAUCAGAUCAUCAGGACAGACUCCUUCACCAGCAUAAUCAAAACACCAGUAACUGAGUCUUCAGUUCUGGAAGUCAACAUCAGCAGAGAUGAAAAUGGAGCUCGGUUUAGGUGUGAGGCUCAGCUGGACCUUGGGCCAUAUGAGUCACCACCUCCUUUUGUUUCUAACACAUACACUGUGGUUGUGAACUAUGCUCCCGAUAUCGAGAACAAAUCAGAAGAUGUUUAUGUGGACGACGGUAGUAAUGUCACCCUGCACUGUGAAGCUGAGGGGCGCCCUCCUCCAGGCUUUCAGUGGACAUUAGAUGGUACGGAUAUGUUGGAGAACAAAAACUAUCUUGACAUUAUUGGAGUGACCACCAAUGCGACCUACAUCUGCACAGCUUUCAAUAAAGUGGGAAGAGUGACUAAGAAAAUCCAUGUACAUGUGAUAAAAACCACAGCAGCCACUGUAGCCCCUGCAGCCGCUGCAGCCGUGACCACCCCUGAGCCAUUGAUGCCAAGAGCUUGCCCCUUAAUAUUAACGCCUGCCGAAAUUGUGGUGCGAUUUGGAGAUUCAGCUUCAAUUAACUGCAACACAACACAACCAGAUUUCGUGGGAAUGGGCUGGGAGGCUACAUUAGGAAGCACAGCCUUUUUACGUCAACCUACAGUCCUCUGGACGGUUGACAAGCUGGAAGACUGGACCAUGUAUGUUACAUGCUACGUUUUUCUGAGAGGUGGUUUCCAGUGUAAUGUGCGGCCAAACAUCACUCUUUACAAGACUCCAGACAUUGUGUCAGUCUCUGCAAUGCAUCAGGGGCCGAUGGUUGAAGGCAAAGAGUACAGUCUGAAAUGUGACAUCUUCAAUGUGGCUCCUGUGGGGAAGCUCAGACUGACAUGGAUUCGGGACAAUAAAACUGUGAACAUAAAAACAUUUGAUGGCAACAGUAUAGGCCCAGUCAAUGAGUCCGCUAUUUUGAACGUCACAGCUAACAGAGAUGACAACGGAGCACAAUUCAAAUGCAUGGCUGAGCUGAUUCUCGGACCAAAUGGACCAGAGAUUGUCCCUACUGUAACCUCAUCACCUCACAUUGCUGUUGUGAACUAUAAACCCCAGAUCAAAGUUUGUGAAAGACAUCUCACUGAUGUGGAGCAUAAGAUCAGAGUGGACAUGUUGUCCUGUGAAGCUGAUGGGAACCCUCCACCUGCUGUUCAGUGGUACUACAAAGGUGCACUGAUCAAUGCAUCUCAGCCCCUCAGCAGGACGCAAUCAGGAAAAUACACAGCUAAAUUUGAAAACAGCUUUGGCAGCACCGAAAUCUCUGUUGAUAUCACAGUUGAAUAUGGCCCUUUGUUUACUUGUAAUGAUCGCUACGAGGUUAAACAGAAUGAUAAGUUCCCGUGUGAAGCAGUGGGAAUACCUAAACCUAUCACCACCUGGCGUAAAGAUGGAAUAAAUGUGGAUUACCCCCUGCACCUGACAAAGAAGGAUAAUGGAACAUAUACACUUGAAGCAACCAACAAACAUGGAACAACCAACCACACGCUGUAUCUUGACGUGUUGUAUACCCCUACAAUCAUAGAAGAAACCUACAAGGAAAAGGAGUUCACCCUGGGUGAAAAUGUGACUCUGGACUGCAUUGCUGAGGGCAACCCUCCCCCUGAGAUCCUCUGGACCUACACCCCUGCAGUGAAUGCACGGGAGACCACCGGGGGGCGCCAGAGGAGCAUCAUCAUCACAAGAGCCACGUCUACCAAUGCCGGUGUUUACAACUGCAUUGCCACGAAUGGAGUUGGGAGCCAUACAAGAUCUGUCACACUGAUGAUGAAAGAUGAAUCCAAGGCAUUCCCCUUAGCAAUCAUUUGGAUGCUGAUUGUGUUGAUCGGUACCCUCAUCUUCAUCGUCAUGGUGGUUGUCCACAACCGCCGGAAAAAACAAGGACAAUAUAGUUUUGUCCCUGAUGGUGCAGAUAAGCCUAUCCCUAUGACCCCUCAGUCUAACGGGGUGCAAUAGAAUGUAACUUGGUGAAUGGGAAGGGGCAAAUUAAGAGACAAUGGGCCCACGGGCACUGAUAUGCAAAGGGCCCCAAACCCUCUUUCUCCAAUAAGAGCAAGACACAGCCUUUGAGGUGGUUUUUAUUUGUUGUUGUUUUGCAUCUCUUUGCAGUCAUUGUGCAUCUUUUUUAAGUUUUUUGUCUUGUCAUA